AUGAAUUGGGCGGUGGAGUUAUCGGAGUUUGACAUAACUUUCGAGAACCGUAAGGCGAUCAAGUCUCAGGCAUUGGCCGACUUUGUCCGCGAGCUCACUCCAGUCCAAACGGCAGAGCCUGCUAGCCUGGAUACAUGGCAUGUAUAUGUUGACGGGUCCUCUAAUGCGAAGGGCAGCAGAGCCGGGGUAAUUAUUGAAAACCCUGAUGGCGACGCAAUUGAGUACUCUAUGCAAAUGGACUUCGAUACUUCCAACAACCAGGCUGAAUAUGAGGCCCUCAUAGCCGGGCUGUUGCAAGCACAAGAGCUCGGAGCCCGAAAAGUAAAGGUCUAUAGUGAUUCUCAGUUGGUCACCUCACAAAUUGAGGGAAGUUACCAGGUAAAAGGACCUCUGCUGGCUAAAUAUCUUGAACGUGCAAGACAGAUAAUGGAAGACUUCGAAACGGCAGAGGUUAGUCACAUUCCUAGAAGUGAGAACAACAGAGCGGACAUACUAUCCAAGUUGGCAAAGGCUAAGAAGCUAAUCCGAGAUGCGGCGUCAUACACCGUGAUAAAGGGGCAACUUUAUAAGAAAGGUAUUUUCACCCCCCUAUUAAAAUGUCUAAACCCGGGUAGGGCCCAGUAUGUUCUAGCGGAAAUCCAUGAGGGAAUCAAUGGACAACAUGUCGGGGGUAAGGCGUUGGCCCGGAAGGCUCUCCGAGCUGGAUACUUUUGGCCGUCCAUGGUCUAUGAUGCGAAGGAGCAUGUACAGAAGUGCGAUCAAUGUCAGAGGCAUGGCAGGAACCUGUUGGCUCCCCCUGAGGAGUUGAGUAUAAUCACGGCUCCCUGGCCGUUUUACAAAUGGGGAAUGGAUCUCUUGGGUCCAUUCGCAACAGUUGAAGGCCAGCUUAAAUGGUUAGUGGUGGCAGUGGACUAUUUCACAAAAUGGGUUGAAGCGGAGCCAGUCGCAACCAUCACUUCGGCUCGGAUUCAGCGAUUUUUUGAGAGGAAUAUAAUAUGUCGGUUUGGGAUUCCGGCCGAGGUGGUAACCGAUAACGGGACCCAAUUCGCAAGCAAAGGGUUUCAGAACUUGAUGAAGAAUUUCCACAUCCGGCAUCGCUUUGCCUCGGUUGAACACCCUUAA